GUGUUUUAGGUGCUGCCGAAUGCUCAUGUGGAAGAAACCACUUCACAUGUGCGGUCAGUGCGUUUGGCGAGUGCACGUGCAUCCCGGCGCAGUGGCAGUGUGAUGGUGACAAUGACUGCGGAGAUCACAGCGAUGAAGACGGAUGCAUAUUGCCCACAUGCUCACCGUUAGACUUUCACUGCGAUAAUGGAAAAUGCAUCCGGCGCUCGUGGUUAUGCGAUGGAGACAACGACUGUGAGGAUGACUCCGAUGAGCAAGACUGUCCUCCACGAGAAUGCGAGGAAGAUGAGUUUCAUUGUCAAAAUGGAUACUGUAUCCGCAGCCUGUGGUACUGUGAUGGAGACAAUGACUGUGGAGAUAACAGUGACGAGCAGUGCGAUAAGAGGAAGUGCUCUGAUAAAGAGUUCCGCUGCUCUGAUGGAAGUUGCAUCGCAGAACACUGGUACUGUGAUGGAGACACGGACUGCAAAGAUGGAACCGAUGAAGAGAAUUGCCCAUCUGACGGGAUGACAGCCACAUGCAGUGUUGAGGAGUUUCAGUGUGCAUAUGGCCGCUGUAUUCUGGACAUCUACCACUGUGAUGGAGAUGACGACUGCGGGGACUGGUCUGAUGAGUCGGACUGUUCCCCCCACCAGCCCUGCCGUUCUGCAGAGUUCAUGUGCAGCAGUGGCAUGUGUAUCAAUGCAGGCUGGAGGUGUGAUGGAGAAUACGACUGCGACGACCAAUCGGAUGAAAAGAACUGCAGUACAUCGAUGUGCAUGGCUGAUCAGUUUCGCUGUUUGUCUGGUCGAUGUGUGCGGUUGUCAUGGCGCUGUGAUGGGGAGGAUGACUGCUCUGAUAACAGUGAUGAAGAUGGCUGUGAAAAGACUGAAACUCCUCCAUGUGCAUCGGAUCAGUUCCUGUGUGGAAAUGGCCGCUGUAUUGGUCAGCGUAAGGUUUGUAAUAACGUCAAAGACUGUGAAGACGGGACUGAUGAGCACCCACACAAGGACUGUCGAUCCAAGUCAAGUGAAGAAAACUGUGAUGUUAACAAUGGAGGCUGCUCGCAGAAAUGCCAGAUGUCUCGAGGUCUGGUGCAGUGCACUUGUCACACCGGCUACACAUUAACUCAGGACGGGAAGACAUGCAGAGAUGUUGAUGAGUGUGCAGAUGAAGGUUACUGUAGUCAAGGCUGUACCAACAUAGAAGGAGGAUUUCACUGCUGGUGUGUGCAAGGUUACGAGCUUCGACCCGACAAACGUAGCUGCAAAGCUUUGGGUCCAGAACCGGUUUUGUUGUUUGCGAAUCGGAUUGAUAUCCGUCAGGUUAUGCCGCACCGCUCAGAGUACACGUUAUUACUGAAUAAUCUGGAAAACGCCAUCGCGUUGGACUUUCAUCACAGCAACGAGCUGGUGUUCUGGUCAGACGUGACACUGGACCGUAUCAUGAGAGCCAGUCUGAAUGGUAGUAAUGUGGAGGAGGUCGUGUCCACGGGUCUCGAGAGCCCAGGUGGUCUGGCCGUAGAUUGGAUUCAUAAUAAGCUCUACUGGACUGACUCGGGAACUUCUCGCAUUGAAGUGGCAAAUCUGGACGGCACACAACGUAAAGUGCUUUUAUGGCAGAGGAUGGAGAAACCCCGUGCCAUCGCUCUGAACCCCAUGGAAGGGAAGAUUUACUGGACUGACUGGGGAAAUAUGCCAUGCAUUGAAUAUGCCAACAUGGACGGCUCUAAUCGCAAAAUAAUUGCAGAUACACACCUCUUCUGGCCAAAUGGACUUACCAUUGACUACGCCAGUCACCGUAUGUACUGGGUGGACGCCAAACACCACGUCAUUGAAAGAGCUGACCUGGAUGGGAAGAACAGAAAGGCUGUCAUCAGCCAAGGUCUUCCACAUCCUUUUGCCAUCACCGUGUUUGAAGACAGUCUGUACUGGACCGACUGGCACACCAAGAGUAUCAACAGUGCAAACAAGUUUACUGGCAAGAACCAAGAGGUCAUCCGAAACAAGCUGCAUUUUCCCAUGGACAUCCACACUCUGCACCCACAGAGACAACCUGCAGGUGGGAGAAAUCGCUGUGGGAGCAAUAAUGGAGGCUGCAGUCACCUGUGUCUUCCAAGCAAUAAGACCUACAUCUGUACUUGUCCUACAGGCUUUAAAAAGGUGGACCACUAUAACUGUGCCCAGAGUCUUGACAAGUUCCUGCUUUUUGCCCGAAGGACGGACAUCCGUCGAAUCAGCUUUGACAAUGAAGACAAGCUGGACGACGUCAUUCCACUGGCUGAUAUUCGAAACGCAGUGGCCCUGGACUGGGACUCCAGUGAGCGUUAUAUAUACUGGACUGACGUCACCACUGAUUCCAUCAACAGAGCGAAAUGGGAUGGAAGCAAACAGGAGGUUGUGGUGGACACCAGUUUGGAAAGCCCUGCAGGUCUAGCUAUCGAUUGGCUUACACAUAAACUGUACUGGACUGACGCAGGCACAGAUCGGAUUGAAGUUUCAAACACAGAUGGAAGCAUGCGCACAGUUCUGAUCUGGGAGAACCUCGACCGUCCCCGGGACAUUGUCGUUGACCCGAUCGGAGGAUUCAUGUACUGGACAGAUUGGGGUGCAAAUCCGAAGAUUGAGCGCGCUGGAAUGGACGCAUCCAACCGUAUGGUUAUCAUCUCAACAAACCUGACCUGGCCUAAUGGGUUGGCAAUCGACUACAGCACUGAGCGACUGUAUUGGGCCGAUGCUAGCAUUAAGACCAUUGAGUAUGGCAACUUCGAUGGAUCAGGCAGACAGGUGUUGAUUGGCAGUCAGUUGCCUCAUCCGUUUGGGUUGACGCUCCAUGAAGACCGAAUAUACUGGACUGACUGGCAAUCCAAGAGCAUCCAAAGUGCAGACAAGCUCACUGGUUUGGACCGAAGUACGCUGGCAGAAAACCUUGAAAACCUCAUGGACAUUCACAUGUUCCACCAUCACAGAACUACAGUCCAGACGCCCUGUUCGGUGAAUAAUGGCGGCUGCAGUCACCUUUGCCUCCUGGCUCCUGCUCCCAAAGCCUCAAGCUGUGCAUGUCCCACUGGUAUCAACCUACAGGCGGACGGCAAGACUUGCACUCACGCAAUGAACAGCUUCCUGAUCUUUGCCCGGCGGACGGACAUCAGAAUGAUUUCUUUGGACAUCCCGUACUUCGCUGAUGUGGUUCUGCCGGUCAGUGUGUCUAUGAAGAACACCAUUGCCAUCGGAGUGGAUGCAGUAGAAGGUAAAGUGUACUGGUCAGACAGUACAUUAAAGAAAAUCAGCAGAGCCAAUGUCAAUGGUACAGAAUAUGAGGACAUUAUUUCAACUGGUCUAGUGACCACAGAUGGUCUGGCAGUGGAUUCAGUGGGCAGAAAAAUCUACUGGACGGACACGGGGACAAACCGCAUUGAGGUGGCUAAUCUCAAUGGCUCCAUGAGAAAAGUGCUUGUGUGGCAGAACCUAGACAGCCCUCGUGCCAUUGCCCUGUUCCAUGAGAUGGGGUUGCCAGUUAAGAGGUUAAAUGCAUUUCAGGCUCUAUUUUGUACCAUAAUCAUGGCAAGUACCUUUGAACAUUUUGGAGAACACAUAACUGAAACUUCACGUGAUUUCAUGUAUAGGAUCUUUUGGGUGGAUGCACACCUGGACCGCAUAGAAAGUUCUGACUUGAAUGGCAAACUGCGUCAAAUUCUCAUCAGCCCCGUAUCACACCCGUUUGCCCUCACGCAGCAAGACCGUUGGAUUUACUGGACGGACUGGCAGACCAAGUCUAUUCAGCGAAUAGAUAAGCAUACAGGUCGUAGUAAGGAAACCGUGCUGGCUAAUGUAGAGGGCCUCAUGGACAUCAUAGUGGUGUCGCCACAAAGACAGACUGGAACGAAUCAUUGCGGUGUGAAUAAUGGGGGCUGCACACACUUGUGUCUUGCGCGGAGUAACAGUUUUGUGUGCGCGUGUCCAGAUGAGUCUGACAGCAGACCUUGCUCUACAAUCUCUGGUUACAUUCCCACGGCACCUGAGAAGAACUCCAAAGGUACUCAAGCCCCCAAAAAACACCCCACAGAGAAACCUCAUCAGGGCCUGUCAGGGGUCAACUGUACAGACGCAAGUCUCAAUCUAGAGGACUGCAUCCAGAACAAUGUGGUGUCUGCACCUCGGGAUGAGAGCCCUCAUAUCAGCUACGUGAUUGGUGGAGCUCUGUCAAUACUGGCCAUCCUGAUACUCAUAGCUGCAUUCAUUAUUUACAGGCACAAAAAAUUCAAGUUUGCAGAUCCAGGAGUGAGCAACUUGACUUACAGCAACCCUUCAUACAGAACUUCAACGCAGGAGGUUAAAAUAGAGACCGCACAGAAACCUGCAAUAAACAACCAGCUGCGAUAUAAAAAGGAGCUCAAUCAUCCUUACAACUCCCUUUCUCCUUUCAUCUUUUGACAUCCCCUCUUUUAUUUUCAUCAGAAUGGCAAACAAGGUAGUUCAACAAAUUGGGAAAAUAUUGCUUCCCAUAUUUAAAGGCAGCCGUGUGAUUGUGACCCAACCGCUUGAUCUCAAAUCCAGCAUCCCAUCAUUGUCUUCUUGCAUGUGAUCAGAUUUGUGCAUGAGAGUGCAAAUUUAUAGUUAUUACAAUUUAAGGUAUACAUUAUAGACUAGUUUCUUAGUGUAUUGUGCCUGAGGUAGCAUGAAUUGUGAAAUGCAGUGAUUGCAGUGUUCAGGUUUUUUUACUUACGCCAUGAAAAGAAAUGCUGUGUUUAAAAAUCUACAUGAA